GUCUCCCCCGGCGGCGUUUCCUCUCCUCUGCGCUCCCCGCCAGCGUUCCCCAUGGCGCUCAAAAAGUACUUCCCGGCCCCCAAGAAGCGCAGCGGGGACUCCGGAGUGGAGCCGGACCGGAGCCUCUUGAGCAGGGAGCAGAGGCACCAGCGGCUCAGCCUGUUCCUGCAGGAUUUCGACCACCAGGCCAAGGAGCACCUGCAAGCCAUGAAGCACGACCUGGAGGCCCUGCUGCAGACGGUGGAGAAGGCCUUCCGCGUGGAGCUCCUCACCAUGCCGCUCGUCAUGCGGCAGAUGCGGAGGAAGGACCUGCUCCAUCUGAAGGAAGAAGAGGCAGCCGCCACAGUUGUGGCUGCAGUGACAGCGAAUGACUGCUCGGUGGGAGAUGGGCCCAAUCCCAAGCUAGUGAGGACGGGAAGCAAGCGAGUUAAGGUCACCACGAUUGUGGAAUACGAAGAUGGCAAAGAAGAGAGCAGAUCACAGGGAAAGAAGACGUCGCAAAAAAUUUUUAAAACCAAGUCACUGGCUUCCUUGGCGUCUGCCUUUAAGGGCAAGCACGGUGCCUCCAGGUCUGUUAGUUCCACUCCAAAUGUGAGAGGUCCUGACAAACCCUGCAUGCUCGAACGGUCAGCGUCUGCCCCCAAGUGCACCCCAGUGGGCUAUAAGAGAAUUCCACAGCGGGGCCUCUCCAAAAGUGCUUCAGAAACAGGUUGUGGUGCAACUCUAAGGAGCGCUUCCAUGCCACAUGAGAAAGCAGUUCCUUUCGUCAACAUACCUCUAGCGGAUGGGCAGACUCUCUGUUCGGCUGGCGAUGACCUUCAGAACAUCAAUGUGGACUUGUUAAAUGAUGACACGGUCCAACAUAUUCAUACCCUGGUGAGCCAAUUGACGGUCUUGUGUGGAAAAGCAACAGGAAAACCAAGCUAAGGGAAUCUCCCCGGAACUCUUCUCCAGUCUUCUGCAGGAACAUCUUUGGUAACUUCAUCCUCCGUGAUGCUGUCACGUUUUAAAGGAUGGAUGAUUCUUUCUCCGUUGUUUUUAAUGGUUUAGACACUUGACUCUUAAAUAUUAAACUUUUGUAUUUCUUC